GUGGGACGCGCGGAACUCGGCGAGCCCUGUGGUGCUACCACCGAAGGAUGGUGGUGAGUGGCGGAUGUGGUACUAUGGUCGAGCAGGCACCACCUGGGCAAGAGGAGUCGACGCCUUCCUCCCAACAGGAAGGAUCGGGGCAGCGACGUCCGUUGAUGGUGCAAGGUGGCGGCGGCUGAAGGGCCCUCUCGAGGGCGGCGCUUGCCUCGAUCCCAGUGAGGACGAGGACGCCUUCGACUGCGUGCACGUUGGCGUCGGUGAUGUGGUGGAGUUGCCAAAUGGCACACUCUGGAUGUACUACUUUGGGGGCGGUCUCGACGGGGUCCCACGACCGGGCAUCCGCAUGCAGAUCGGCCUGGCUACAUCAGAGGAUGGCCUCACCUGGCGCCGUCACGGGGCACCGGUGCUAGCCCCUGGCGAUCCGGGCGACUUUGACGAGACCUUCGUGGCCUGGCCGCGAGUUCUUCCACCCUGGGACACGAAGAACGUGCCGGGCAUCGUGGAGGGUCAGUGGUAUAUGUCAUACCACACGGCGUCCUUCAAGGAAGGAAUCCAGUGGUCUGCAGGAGCCGCCUUCAGCAACGAUGGUAUCUCGUGGACGAAGGUUCCCAAACCGGUCCUGGAAGGGGGUGGCGGUGGAGCCUGGGACGAGAAAGGGGUUGGCGUGCGUCACCCGGUCCUGCGGCCAGACGGACGCCUGGUCAUGGUCUAUGAGGCCGUGGAUUCUGCCAUGGACCACGCCAUGGGGCUGGCAGAGAGCUCCGAUGGCAUCACCUGGACGAAGGUCCAGUUUCCCGAGGCGGAGCGAGGCGGGCCAAUCCUCAAGAAGGGGGCAGCCGACGCGUGGGACAGCCGUGUCGUUGGCACACCGUACGUUGUGCCUCCCGUGGGGCCUGAAGAUCCCUGGAGGCUUUACUACGUCGGCGAGGCGACCGAGAAGCCUGGACUUUCCGUGGGCCUUGCGGAAAGCUUCGACGAGCGGCUGCAAGUUUGGCGGAAGCGGCGUGCGGAUGCCGACAGUUUGCCAAAGUCGAACAACGAAGGCUUAUACAGCCGUGUGUGGAAGAAGGGCGAGCGCUCUCAAACACGCGACGUCUCUUCUGCCGCUGGUGAUCUCGAUUUAG